AUUCGGAACGUCGGGUGGUACGGACUGUCACGUCGCUCGGUGACAUAAAACAACAGUGUGACAACAUACGACGAUCGCGCGUGGACGUGAGUGUGUGGGUGAUAAGAAUCGGUUCUAUUGUGCAAGCGCAGCUGGUGCGCACCCCUGUCUUAUUGGAUUAAACAAUAGCGCCCAACCCACCGUCAGUACACACACGGUGUGGCCUACAUUCGGCAAAGCCUACUACAACACCUAGCGAUAGGGUUUGGGAAGAAGGAAAAAAAAAUAAGUAACGAACGGGAUUUGGUCCGCGUAUCUUUCGGCUUGCGAACGGAGUCCGAAAGAAGAAUCGCUCGGUUGUAGUGGUGGUAGAAGCGACGUGGGCUCUGCCGGCGAAGAAGCGAAGGAGGAAUAACGAGGGCGUGUAACACGCGAGGGCGCCAAGAAGAACAGCGCGAAAGGUUGUUUUGGAGUGCGGCUUGAAGCAACUCACGAAAGUUGAAAUUAAAUCGGUGUGUGCAAAAUUUGGGCUUGUGUUGGUGUGCUAGCACACAGUACACCCGUGGGGAAUAAUAGAUACCUCGCGCGGGGCUUAUUUUUGUGCCGCGUGGAGUACAUCGAAUUCGCAAGGUUCUACUGACCUCUGCCGUAUUGAGGUGCGUUUUUUGUUGUGCUCAGCGCAUGGACGCUGGAAGAACCAGCAUAGCUGCGAGAAGUGACCCCGAGAGGUGAUCGAUUCCGAUGUAUCGGUGGGAGAUACCAACACAACCGCGCACACGAGCCCCGUGAACCGGUUCUGCGGACCAAGCAGCACUCACGAAGAAGAGAAGAAGUAAACCCGUAAACAAAAACAUCUAAGCGGCUGCUGUCGAAGACCCUUCAGGGCGGCGUUUCAACGCAAAGAAGGCUAGGAAGCAAGAAGAACGAAAAGGAAAAAAAACAGCGACCAAAGCGCAUUACAUAAAGUAUUUACACGCUUGAAUGACCAGCCUAGGUCGGCGGCAAAGGGUUCACCGAAGCAGUUGAAGGUAUUCUGCAAAAUUUAGCGCACGAGGCGCCUCCUUGCGGCUUGCUAGCGCAUUACGACAUCAUAGGCAAAGCAGCGACUAAAGUCCAGCCCGCUGUCGAGUCAGUGAAGUGUGAGCUCUAGUGUGGAAUUUCAUUAUUUCGAUCCAAGAGUGCUAAGGAAGGGAAAAAAGUGGUGUAAGUGAGAGAGAAACAACGCUGGAGUAAGCAGAUAGUGCAGUGCUGAAAGAGAAGGAAGAAGCGAAGUGGGUUAUUUAUGGUUUGGAAAGAAAAAUAAAGCUGAAGAAAUAGAGUUUAUAAAAGGUUGUGCCGGGUGUAAGAAGAGGCGCGCAAAUAAAAGAGAGAAAGCAAAUUAAUUGUUGAUGAUUCGUGCGUGCAGUGGAAAUAAACAAAUCAAGUGCGAGCCUUGGGAUAAACAACAAACGAAAACACAGACAAGCGUCGGCAAAGCAGCGGGACAUAAACAUCGCUGAUUGCAGUUCAGUUUAUAAAGUGAAAUCUGCUGUGUAAGAGUGUGCUGAUUCGUGCGUGUCCCUCCAAAACACACACAUACACGUGCAAAGUCACCGGAAAGUGAGAUAUGUGAUAAGGCUCUCACGCAGCUGGAAUUUCAAUGAGGACAUCAGCUUUAUCGAAACACGUCGAUCAGGACCUGCUGCCAUUGGGAGGCCAUUAGGAGCGAGUGUUCAUCCAUCUGGUCAAUUACGGUGCCGAAUUAUGUGGUUGGGCUCGGAGUCCCCGCAGAGUGCUUAAUUUGUGAUGAUUAGCAACCUCGACGUUCUCCGGCUGCUGCUGCAAGAUAAGUGAACCCCGGCCAGUCCACCAUCGUCCAUCCAAGCUUGAAUGUCGUCACCGGACCGGAGCUAACGAAACGGCAACAAAAACGACUACGACGACGGCUUCGAAGAUUAGGCAUCCUGGAGCGACCGCGGCGGAACCGCGCAACGCAAACGUCAAAACGAUGGCGGCCAACCGCCCGACGGCGGUAGUGCUGCUACUGGUGCUGCUGCUGGCCGUUGGCGUGAGUAGGAACGAGGAAGAUUUCACCGAGCAUUGUAACAAGUGUCGAUGCAGCUGGAAGAGUGGUAAAAAGACGGCAGAUUGCACGAACCAGGCGCUGGUGCUAAUUCCGGACGAUUUGAGUUCGGAGCUGCAGGUGCUGGAUCUGUCCAACAAUCAGAUCUCGGAGAUUCGUGCGCACGAGAUGAUGCGUGCGCGCCAGCAGAACCUGCACAAAUUGUACCUUCGCAACAGCACGAUCGAGAUUCUGCACCGGGAUUCGUUCCGGAAUUUGACCAUCCUGAUCGAGCUGGACCUGUCCACGAACAAGCUGAAACGGCUCGAUCCGGGUCUGUUCGACGACCUGAAGAAGCUUCGAGUCAUCAUGUUGAACCACAAUCAGAUCGAGCGAAUCGAAAACAAUCUGUUCCAGAAUUUAAAGUUCCUCACCAAGGUGGAACUGCGCUCGAACCAAAUCUACCGGAUAGCGCAGCACAGCUUUACGAACGUGCCGCUGCUGUCCCAAAUCGAGCUUGACUUUAAUCGGCUCCAGAUUCUCCGCAAAGAAUCGUUCGUCAACCUGGAGAAGCUCACGUCGCUGUCUCUCACGAACAAUCCCUGGAACUGCAGUUGCGCGCUACGAAACUUCAGCGAGUUCGUCCUGUCCCGCAGUCUGUACCGAUCGCCCACGACCUGUGCCCAGCCGUCUCAAUUGGUCGGCCGCGAGUGGAACGAAAUCAACCUGGACGACUUUGCCUGCCGGCCGCAAAUCAUCGAGAAUCGAAUCAUCUAUCCGGGCGACGGAGAAAAUGCCACCUUCACGUGCAAAGUGACCGGUUUACCGCUCCCCCAGGUCGACUGGCUGUUCCACAAGCGACCCUUCCCCAAGAACGACAAACGGUUCAGCGUAACGAAAGCCGUCCGAACCAGCGGCAAGGACACCAACGAAGUGCUCGUGUCAGAGCUGACCAUCGUCGGCGUUAAAGCCUCGGACCGUGGCCCGUACGCGUGCAAGGCCACCAACCCAGGCGGAACCGAAGAAAGUGAGCAGUUUUUCGACCUCAAGCCACCACCGCUGAAACCGGCCGCCAAUCGAACCAACGACAUCCUCUGGAUUGUCCUCUUCAUCGUCCUGGCCAUCCUCGUGAUCCUCAUCCUGACCAUCCUCAUCCUGUGCUGCGUGUGUCGGAAGGCGCGUCGCUUCAAGAAGAACUCGUCGAUCAGCGAAAACGGCCUAAUGAACUCCAAGAUGGACAAAUCGGCAGACGGUUCGGUGCUGGACGGCGGCUCGGUCAUCAUGGAGAUGCAAAAGAGUCUGCUGACGGAGGUGAACCCGGUGGAGAAACCGCCGCGGCGGGCCGACAUCGAGGCGAACGAUAAAACGAACGAUUACGACGAGGGGCACGAGGUGAAGAAGACGCUGCUCGAGGAGACCGGAUUCGCCGCCCAGGAUGAGGAAACGGUUUCGGUAGCCCUGUCGGACACGACGGCACCCCGUUCGCGGGCCGCCUACAUUGAGGAGGGAACGUACGGAACGGCGGUCACGCUGCCCCCGGACCUGCUGGCGUUCCCCUCGACGCGCUUCCCCCAGUCUCCGUCGAUCCAGAGCUCGAUGUCCAACAUUCACGACGGACGAAUCUACGGCAAGAGUCCGCUGUCCAGUCCGAUCUACCAGCACGGUCCGGGCCUGCUGUCGGCGGCGUCCGGCGGUGGUGCGAGCGGUCAGGUUCCGGCCGGUUUCCGCACGUUGCAACAUCCCAAGACGGGUCGAACGAUAGCGAUCGCCGCCCAGCGGUCCAACUCGCCGUUUACGGCGGCCCCGCUAAUCUACCCGCAGGUCGUCAUGAAGCAGGGCUACGUAACAAUCCCCCGGAAGCCGCGCACGCCCAGCUGGACGCCCUCGAUGAACUCGACGGCGACGACAGCCGAGCUGCUGCCUCCGACAAGUCCCACCUCCAUCAGCAGUGAACUCCCGGCCGCGACGGAACCGGUCUACGACAAUCUCGGCCUGCGCACGACCGCUUCGGGCAACUCGACGCUCAAGCUCAACAAGGCGGCCAAGGCCAGCGGCCAAAGCACGUACAGUAUGAAGAAUCGACCCCUUCCAGCGACGCCGGGCGGCCAGACGGCUUCCGCGGGCUCGAACACGAGCAGUGCGAGCAACUACGAAUCGAUCCCCGAAGUGGGAGGAGGACAAUCAGCGACCCUGGCCAGCCUCGAAGCCAUCUAUGGCCGCACGACCACAACAGGCGGCGGCGCCGGCCCAAGCAGCAGUAGGAGUAAAGUACCGCCACGACCACCGCCGAAGCCCAAGAAGAAGCCGACGAACCUCGCGAUGAACUCGUCGGCGGCGGCGGCGACCAAUGUGGCGGCGGUGUCCAGCGGAAACAGUGGGAUGGCCAGCACCAGCAGCACCAGUCCGCUGUUUGCCGACGAAGGGGACGACGGGACGGAGGUUUGAACGACGAUGUGCGAGGAGUAGCUUUUAAUGCAGAAAACGAAACGUAAGGAAAACAAAAAAUCUUUAAUAUAUAUAUUCGAUGCAUAGAAUAUUUGGCUAGUUAAUAGUUAUUUUUUCUAAUCUAUUUGAGAGUGAAAGUUACUGAAAGUGAGCGAGCGAGCGCGUGUGUGUACAUUAUAUAUAUUCUAGGGAACGACGAAGCAGAAAUCUUUAUGAAAUCGAAAACAAUAGCAUUUAAAGAAGAAAAACAA